AUGGCCCCGAGGAGACCGACCGAGCGUGUGAUGUCGCACAAGAUGACGACGGUACAGUCAUGCAACGGAUACGGAACCAUCGUCACUCGAGACCAACAUGCAGAAUUUUAUGGCUGUGCAUCAACCUCCCACUUCCUCGAAGAACUGCAUAGCCGUGUCCGGUCCAUGCAGAAUGGGAACCUCGCCGAUAAACAAACCCCUGCGGCAACAGCGCCGUGUCAAUCUCCAUCGGCACGGAGAUAUUUAGCUACGUCAAGCUGGUCUGGCUCUGUCGAAGCCGAGAAUCCGGCCGUGUUUGACUGGUUCAGAACGUCCACCACGACAGCCGAAGCGAUGGCUCGAUUUCCUUGCGACGGUUCUCGAUCAUUUCUGGGUCUACCAGAUUAUCAGCGAGAUCCGGCACUCGGUGCCGAAAGUAGGACCGCAGCGAUCGAGAUUGAGAAAGAAUGUAUCCGGUCGUACUUUGCCAAUCUUCACCUCAUCUACUUCUGUUUGGAUAUGGACGCAUUUUUGGCCCAUUGCGAAUCCGAGGUAUGGAAACGGCACCUGGCACUCACCCGCCAGAGAUUCGAAGAGGAAUCCUCGAGCUUCUUCGCGCUGUACGACAUCGUGGUCGCGCUUGGUGCGCUCGUAGCCGGGCCUGAAGACCACGUUACGCGAGCUCUUGAUAAAAUGUACAGGCAGCAUCACGCUUCUUCUGGCAGUCGCGUCUCACCCUUCCUCGGCAGAGAAAGACCGCCGCAUCUCACUCUCCCUCUCGCGAGGAAAUAUUUCCUAGAGGCUAAAGCGCGGCUGGGAAGCCUCAUGGGAGCAUCGUCACUCGAGGUAAUCCGAGCCUCGCUUCUGGUGUCUGUUUACUGCCAGUAUGCCUUCAUUCCUCACCAAAGCUACAUGUUUGGUGGCAUAGCGGCCAGGACUGCACUCGCCAUGGGCAGUGCCAGCCAGCCGGAUCUUCAGAUGAUGUCGGUCGAAGCCAUCCGGACUUGGUGGUAG